UCUCACAUGUUUGGCUUCCGAUGGGAAGGCGUUGCCAUUGGCUCUCGGCGAUGAGGAUGCUGCGGGAAGGUCCUUGAUGAAAGGGAGAAGGGCGCUCCCUCUCGAGCAGACAUCGAGCGGGGCUGCGGAGAUAUAUCGUUUCUCCUUCAUCGCAGCGAGAGCUGAAUUGCCCUUUGGCCAUCCCCACACGAUCCGCCCGCUCUUCUCAGCAUCCUCUAUCAGACGGAGCUUGACCAAAACGCCCAAGACGUUGACCAGGAGGACAAAGAAAAAAGGCCAGUUUGUAGGACUUCAUCCACACAAGACGCAACUUCAAAGACAUCUCGUCUGUCUGUCCAUCUUCCAGAAGGCUCCCCCUGGCAUUCUUCACCAAGCACGAUGGAAGCCCCCGUGUGCCUGAUAGAGAACAAUCCCAAUGAGAAGCUACAAGUCAACCUGGAAGCCCUGGAGAUCCUUCAGAACAUCCAGCAGCCCGUGGUGGUGGUGGCCAUUGUGGGACUAUACCGGACCGGCAAGUCUUACCUUAUGAACAAGCUGGCAGGAAAAGACCAAGGAGGCUUCUCUCUAGGUGCUACAAUUCAAGCAAACACCAUGGGCAUCUGGAUGUGGUGCCUUCCUCACCCCAUAAUGCCUGACCAUACCUUGGUACUGUUGGAUACAGAAGGGCUGGGAGAUGUGGAGAAGAGCAACACUCAGAAUGACGCAUGGAUAUUUGCCUUGUCCAUUCUACUCAGCAGUACCUUCGUCUAUAAUAGCGUGGGCACCAUCAAUCAAUACGCUUUGGAGAAACUCCAGUAUGUGACGGAGCUGACCAAGCACAUCAAAGUGAAAGCUUCACCCAAGAAAACCUCUGAAGAGGAUGAGAGUGACUUCCUCAGGUUCUUCCCAGUUUUCAUCUGGGCUGUGCGUGAUUUUUCACUACAGCUCAAGCUGAACGGACGCCGUAUAACUGAGGACGAAUACCUGGAGAAUGCCUUGAAGAGGAAACCAGAGAGCCCUGAGACUCUUGACCUUGCCAAGAAAUGCAUUCGGCAAUAUUUCCCCAGCCGCAAGUGCUUCGUCUUUGACCGCCCGGCUGGAACGCGAGACUUAGAGGACCUGGAGGACCUGCCUGAAUCAAAACUGUGCCCUGACUUCUUGGAGCAGGCGGACAAGUUCUGCAAAUACAUUCACAACAAUGCCCAGCCAAAAAUGAUCCAAGGAGGCCACAGAGUGACUGGGAAAUCUUUGGGACACCUAGUACAGACCUACGUGGACGCCAUUGCUAGCGGGACCGUCCCCUGCAUAGAGAACGCCGUGACCGUCUUGGCCCAGAUUGAGAACACAGCUGCGGUUCAGGACGCCAUUAUGUGCUAUGAAGCUGCCAUAAAGCAACGUGUGCAGCUGCCCACGGAGACGGUCAAUGAGGUGCUGGAGGCCCACGGCCACUGCGAGAAGGAAGCCCUCAAAUUGUUCAUGGCCCGCGCCUUCAAGGAUGACAACCACGAGUACCAAAAAAACCUGGCGAACCAGAUGAAAUCCAAACUUCAAGAGCUGAUUUCUCACAAUGAGCAGGUGUCUUUAGAUCGAUGUCAGGCUUUGCUUAUGGCCCUGUUCCGGUUUGUGGAGGAGAGGAUUAGCAAUGGAAGCUACUCAGUGCCGGGUGGCUACCAGAUGUUCCUGGAGGAGCAGAAGGAAAAACUACAACAUUAUGAGCGGGCGCCUAAGAAAGGUUUAAUGGCUGCUAAGGCCCUCCAAGACUUCCUGAAAUCCAGGGAAAUGACAGUCCAGUCCAUCCUGAAGGCGGAUCAGAUCCUCACAGACAAGCAGAAGGAAAUUGAAGUGGAAAAAAUCCAGGCUGAAGCCUCUAAACGGGAAGCUGAGCUGCAUGAGAAAAUGAGAAUUGAAGCUGAAGAGAGGGCUGAACAAGAAAAACAGAGUUAUGAGGAGCACAAAAACCAGUUGCUGGAGAAGAUGGAGGCAGACCGAAGACGGCUUCUGGCUGAGAACGAGGCCGUGCUGAGCAGGAAGCUUGAGGAGCAGAGACGGGUUCAAGAAGAAGGUUUUCACCGCGAAUACUCAAGGCUUCAGGGUGAGAUUCAAAACCUGCGAUCUCAGAUAUCUGAGCAAGCGUCAAGCCCAUGUGUGAUACUUUGAAAACAGCAUCUCUGGGAGACGGAUGAAUGGAUCGAAAAUCUGGUCCUGAAUUUAGGCCUGUCCAUCUGGAGCAGGGGUGAUGAUUGGGAAUCUAUGGUUGUGUCGGGGAUAAUAAAACUAGCUGUUAGCCUAUCUUUGUGGUACAUCUGUACGCAUUUUUCAAAAAUGUCCACCUUUUAAUGUUAAAUGAACAAAAUUAGAAAAAAGCAAGGUAAAGAGAUAAGGGACCUCUAGGUUGUCUAUAGACAUACAUAUCUUCAAGUGUACAGACAAUUUAUAUGAUUUAGAUGUGGGAGCACAUCAAGCUUCCAGUGUCUGCUUGGCCAUGAAGACAUUUCAGUCCUGGGCAUUCCUACGUGUCGGGACAGAGGCGUUUUUGAAACUUUCUGCCUUUUUACACGCAUAGUUCUCUGACUGUCGCUCUUGAACUGAAGCUCCAGGGUGGUGUUGUGUCUUGAGUGCUGGAUUUGGGAGACCAGGUUUCGGUAUUCUCUUAGUCAAUGGGUGUUCUUGGGCCAGUCAUUCUCUCUGAGCCUGGCCUACCUAACAGGGUUCCUGUGAGAAUAAAGCAAAGAAGUGGGAGGAGCAAUAUAUACACCAUGUUGAACUCAUUGGAAGAGAGGAGAAGGCAUGACCAAUCUUGUUUGCUAUUGUGGAAGCAGAAUCAGCCCUAUUUAUAUCGCAUUGUCUUACAGUCUUAUAGUUAAGUUUUUGGAUAAUUGAUAACAGUAGAAUACACAUCUGUUUGUACGUGCUUGUUCAAUAAAAGGAAUUGAAGUAGA